GAAAUGGCCACCGGCCAAGAUCUCCUCCGUCGAUCCCACCCCGCCGCUGACGAGGACCCCGACCGCCUCCUCGCCGCCGCCGGCGAGGCCGAGAAGCCCCGCCGGGCGAAGUGCGUCGCCUCGCUCGACAUUUUCCGAGGCCUCACCGUCGCGAUGAUGAUCUUGGUGGACGGAGCGGGGGGCGAGUGGCCGGUGAUCGGACAUGCACCGUGGAAUGGCUGCAACCUCGCCGAUUUCGUGAUGCCCUUCUUUCUCUUCAUUGUGGGGAUGGCCAUUCCCCUCUCUCUCAAGAGGAUACCGAACCGACUUCUCGCUGUGAGGAGAGUGGUGGUCAGGACGCUCAAGCUGCUGUUUUGGGGCAUCAUCUUGCAAGGUGGAGAGGAGAGGGAGAUGUUGAAGAGAGUGGGGCCAUUGAAGGGCUGGUUUGGUGAUGGGGUAAGCAAGGUGACGAGCUAUAUUAAAGGAAAGGGGCAGAAGGAUGUCAAGGACAUUGUAGAGAACUAUGCAAGGCUUCCAGAUAGGGUAGAAGGGAAGAAGGAGAUGUCUAGAUCAGACAAGUCCAAGAAGGUGGAGGACUUCAGGAUAUAUCGGUGA